AUGGGCGUCAUGUUGAGAAAAGGAUUUGACCUAUGGGGUCUUGAAACAGGAGCAGAGCUUUCCCCCGCGGGCCGCGCAGGCAACUCCUCCUCCUCCUCUACCUCCGCCUCCCUGCGUCGCUCGCCGGGCCCGAGGACGACGACGAGCCCUUCCUGGAAGAGGAGGAGGAGGGCACCGUCGAGCUCGUGCAGCUCGGCGCCAACCACGGCAAGAACGUCCUCAUCCUCACGAGCGACACCGGCGGGGGUCACCGCGCCUCCUCCGAAGCCAUCAAGGACGCCUUCGGCGACGACUACCGAUCUUCGUCAAGGAUCUCUGCAAGGACCACGCCGGCGGGCCGCUCAACAACAUGGGGGGCUCUUACAAGUUCAUGGUGAAGCACGUACAACUCUGGAAGCUGCCCUUCCACGGCACAUCGCCAAGAUGGCAGAUUCAGUCCACCUCUUCACCACCGUGACCCACACCUACGACCUGGCUUGGUUGUGGUGCUAAUUCAGCAAUGCAAGUCUGAUCCCUUCAA